GCGCGGUGCCCGCCCCUUGGCAGCGGCGCCUGCGCACAGAGCCGCGGCCUGUCCCGUGCUGCUGCCGCGUUAUCCGCUGGGCCGCGUCGCUGCAGGCAGCGGGCCUGCCCCUCGAGCAAGGAUGAGUCUGUUUGGAUCAACGUCAGGGUUUGGUACCGGAGGCACCAGCAUGUUUGGCAGUACAACUGCAGAUAACCAUAAUCCAAUGAAGGAUAUUGAAGUAACAUCUCCACCUGAUGACAGCAUAUCUUGUUUAGCAUUUAGUCCACCAACAUUGCCGGGUAAUUUCCUCAUUGCAGGAUCAUGGGCAAAUGAUGUUCGCUGCUGGGAAGUUCAAGAUAAUGGACAGACAAUUCCAAAGGCUCAGCAGAUGCACACAGGGCCUGUAUUAGAUGGCUGCUGGAGUGAUGAUGGGAGUAAAGUAUUUACUGCUUCCUGUGAUAAAACUGCCAAAAUGUGGGAUCUCAACAGUAAUCAAGCUAUCCAGAUUGCACAACAUGAUGCUCCUGUGAAGACAAUCCAUUGGAUUAAAGCACCAAAUUAUAGCUGUGUGAUGACAGGAAGCUGGGAUAAAACUUUAAAGUUCUGGGAUACCCGUUCACCAACACCCAUGAUGACAUUGCAGCUCCCUGAAAGAUGUUAUUGUGCAGAUGUGGUUCAUCCUAUGGCUGCUGUGGCCACUGCAGAAAGGGGUUUGAUAGUUUAUCAGUUAGAGAACCAACCUUCUGAAUUUAGAAGAAUAGAAUCUCCUCUUAAACACCAGCAUCGCUGUGUUGCUAUUUUUAAAGACAAAGUGAACAAACCUACUGGAUUUGCCCUUGGAAGUAUUGAAGGAAGAGUAGCUAUUCAUUAUAUCAACCCCCCAAAUCCUGCAAAAGACAAUUUCACUUUUAAAUGUCAUCGCUCCAAUGGAACAAACACAUCAGCACCUCAGGAUAUUUAUGCUGUAAACGGGAUAGCAUUUCACCCUGUCCAUGGCACUCUUGCAACAGUAGGAUCUGAUGGUAGAUUCAGCUUUUGGGAUAAAGAUGCACGAACAAAGCUAAAAACAUCAGAACAACUUGACCAGCCAAUAUCUGCUUGUUGUUUCAACCAUAAUGGCAAUAUAUUUGCAUAUGCUUCCAGUUACGAUUGGUCAAAGGGUCAUGAAUUUUAUAAUCCACAAAAGAAAAACUACAUUUUUCUGCGAAAUGCAGCAGAAGAGUUAAAGCCAAGGAAUAAGAAGUAGUGAGUACGAGUCUGACUGGUGUUACUCUACUGUUACUCUGCCAUUCCUGCCUCUACUCCACUGCUCUUCUGCCAUUUGUGCCCUAUUGCACCACGGUUCAGUCGAUUUGGGAUCGCUAACAUUUAGCAGGAACUGUAAAAAUUACAUUAAAUGUGUUCUGAGUUGCUGGAGAGCAUUUUUCAGAUUAGAUAUUCCGAUGUGUAUAGAACCACUGUCUGUUCCACAGCAAUAAUGAAAUUGCAACGAAAUCUAAAUCCGGGUUAGAUAUUCCUGCUUAGAAGUGCAACCAUUUGUAUCUAUGGAUUUAUUUUAUUAGUACUACAUUAAAAUAUGUUAAUUAUAAUAGUUCUGCAGAAGUUGUAUAAAGACUGUAUUUUUUUUUUGUAAGUACUCGAAUUGCAAAUAAUUCUUCUCAAAGGAGGCUUGUUAUUUUUCAGGGGUUCUUUCAUUGCUUUCUGGUUUUUAAAAUGGAAGUAUUGUCUGCUGUGUGCUGGGAAGAAAUGCCUUGCAAAUUGUUUUCCCUCAUUUUUUGGAUGAAUUAGGUAGGUAUGUAAGUGGCCAACAGCAGUGACAGAAACUCAAGACAGAAGAUGGGCACAGUGCAGGUUUUACUUCAUUUUUUUCUUGCGCUCCAGCAGUGGACAUGAUUUUUGAGCCAACGAUACUCAGAGUAGUUCAAAGGAGAAAUUGCCAGUUGUGCCAAGUGGUAUAUAAUAGCUCAGUAAUGUGAGCAAACCAUUAAAGGUUUUGUUUUGUUCAUGACCAAACCAACGUGUGCAAAAUACUUGUGGCCUAAACUGCUUUAAAACUGACACCUUUUAGACUUAAACGUUUUCAUCCCUUAACAGGGGGUUCUGGACUGAAUAAAAGUACUCAUUUUUGUGUUAAAUAGAAAAUAGUGCUGGUGAGUUUCAUCCUGAUCAAAAAUGCUGUGAAACAAAAUGAGUGGGUCUUUUUCUGACUUGAAUCUACCACUGUUUACUUCUACUAGCCAGUUGUAUACAUGCCAAAGUUUUCUUUUUAGAAGUGAAUGCUUGUUAUUCCUGUUUUAACUAUUGUUCGUUUGAUAUAAUGACUAAAUAAAACCGGGGGGAGCGCAUGUAUAGAAAUACCUGUCAUAUUGUACAAAUUCUCUGUAAAACUGUGUUGUAACACUUAUGGUUAUGGGUUCAUGCUACAUUUCAAAUAAAAUUUUUACUAAAUGCUUUUUUAUUUGGAAGUUCUGUUACAUUAACGCGGGUGAGGUGCUGUUCUUCACUUCUAAAAGCAGCUUCUUGUCUUUUCAUUGUAAUUCAGACAUAUUUGCUGAAAGUACUUUUCCUCCCACUGCUCAAGCUGGAAAUCUAAUGCAUUUUCCAGUUGCUGUUUCAUUAUGAAUGAUUCCUGGUUGGUGUCAAAGAAUGAAGAAGACUGGUAUGAAAGGCCUUUUGUUUUAUAGGAAUGAAUCAAGUUCCUUGCUAUCUCAACAGCCGAACACCUAACAAUGUCUUUAGUAGAAAUGAAUCAUACUGUCUUCAAACUCCAUAGCCACCUGCUUUAACUUCAGACUCUUCUCUUUAAAGUGUUCAUCAGUGGUUACGGGGUGGGUAUUGUUUGGUACAGUUGCAUAGUUGAGGAAAGUCCAUGAAAUGCACUCUCCUGUUGUUUAGGGAUGCUCUUUUCUGGGUUUUAUUUCUCAAGAUAAUGGGUUGUUUCCUGCUAAUUGUAUGCUUUAUGUGGUUUUAGAUUUCACAUUCAUGAGCUAUUUGUUUUCUUUAAGAUAGGAAAGAGUUCCCAGCAGUUAUACCAAGAGCUGGUCAUUUGCUCAAACAUUUCUUUUGGUUUUGUUCAUCUUUUCUUGGUUGAUAAUUUAAGAGUUGUGACUGUUAUGCAGUAACCUUUGCUUGUUAGCACAUUUUCCCAGACUUCCCAGUCAAAUGCCACCAAGCAAUUGCAGUUUCUACAUGAAGUGAAGAUCACUGAUGGCAAAAACUAAAAUAAUAGUAAUCUCCUGUGUGCAGAACUCCCACUGGUGUAAACAGGGAAGGAUGGGAUGUAGCAUCUGCUGCUUCUUU